UCAUCCUUUUUUUUUCUUCCUCUCCGGGCAGAUAAGCUGAUAAACCAGAGAAAACAACAAUGGCAACAUUGGUCACUUUCGGAAGUAGUUCAGCUCUUAGGUUUAGCAAACCAGAGGCUCUAAAGGCAAGGCCAUCUCUGCCACUUCUGGGUUCUCUUUCUUCCCAACUCUCCGGCAUCAAAAUCUCCUACAACCUGCCUCCUCUAAAGCCCGUAUCCUCUCCUUUCUCUCCAGCUCUCCAGCCUGUUGCUCGAAGAAUAUGCCCUUUUACCGGGAAGAAGGCGAACAAAGCUAACCAUGUUUCUUUCUCGAACCAUAAGACAAAGAGAUUGCAGUUUGUGAACCUCCAAUACAAGAAGGUGUGGUGGGAAGCUGGUAAACGCUAUGUGAAACUGCGUUUGUCAACCAAGGCGUUGAAGACCAUAGAGAAGAAUGGACUGGAUGCUGUUGCUAAGAAGGCCGGAAUAGAUCUUCGCAAGGAAUGAUAAGGUACUUGGCUUCUGGGUUCCGUUUGUAGCUCGAAAACUAUAUUCCGAGAAAACGAAAUUGUUGGUAAACCUUUCCCUAAUUCCAAUUAUUUUCCCCUUCUGGUUUAAGAUGGUUGAAAUCUCAGUUGCAAAA